GUACUUAGUUAUUCUUGCCUGUUUCACAGCGGUGUGUGUGCGUGUGUAGUAUGGUACCGGUGCAAACCACCAGAGAGAAGCCAAGCAGCGUACAUUUGUAGUAUGAUAUAACGUUACCGUCGUGACCAACAUACAACAUUAAUGCACUGUAACAUUCACGAAAAGUGACCUUUAUGUAGGUAGCUAGUUACAAGAGACUCGAUUACCGUAGUCAACCUGGCAGAGCUGUCACUGUCUCUCUGUGGUAUCGGGUAUGAUAUCCGUUGGCUAGCUGUCAAGCUAGCAGUCUCCAGACCAUCCUUGUACAAUUAGCUAGUUUAGUGUUUAUCUCGAAAUGAGAAUGAGUAUUAAAUUGACAACUCAGGCUUAUUGCAAGAUGCUUUUGCAUGCUGCUAAAUAUCCUCAUUGCGCCGUGAACGGAUUACUGGUUGCUGAGAAACAGAAGGAGAAGAAAAAAGACAGCCACUCCACUCCAAUCCUCUGUGUGGAUUGUAUACCACUAUUCCACGGCACACUUGCAUUAGCACCUAUGCUGGAAGUGGCACUUACAUUGAUUGACACGUGGUGUAAAGAGAACAAAUAUGUCAUAGCUGGGUAUUACCAAGCCAAUGAGCGCACAAAGGACUUCAGACCUAACCAGGUUGCUGAAAAAGUUGGGGCCAGGAUUGCAGAGAACUUCAGCGAAGCAGCAAUGAUUAUGGUGGACAGCACCAGAUUCACCAUGGGCUGCUAUGAGCCCAUAUUAGCCAUCUAUGACCACCAUGAAAACAAGUGGAAAUGCAGGGACUGUAAUGUGGACUGCUUUGAGGACUGGUGUGAGGCUCAGAAGAUCACGUCGGCUCUGCUGGAGGGCAGGUCCUACGAGAGCCUGAUUGACUUCGACAAUCACCUCGACGACCUCAGGAAUGACUGGACAAACCCUGAGAUCAACAAGUCUGUCCUGCACCUGUGCUAAGCCUCCAACCCGAGUGACUGCACUGCACUAGACAAAGACAUUGCGGCCAAAACGGCGUUGGACGUGCUAAUACUACUGUAGCGCAGGAAUGCUAAGUGCUGAAUGCUAAGUCUUUGUUCCCAGUGAAUUGCUCUCACAGGGAAGAGAGCUUUCGGAGCAUUGGCCAGUCUAUUUUCAUGGGCAAGCAGGACACAGGUACCAUUGGGAUCUUUGUUCCCGUAGUAGGGAGGAUCAAGGUGAUCAAGACCUUGGUGUCAUUCAAUGCAAUGUGUUAAUUUUCUUUCUCGUUUUUUGAGUACGGUUUUUGUAUGCUAAUAGUUAAUGAAGAUGUAUGCGUAAUUCUGAAUGGUAGGGAAACAUGAAUAUCAUUUAUUUACACUUAUAUUGAUACUUUAGGUUCUUCAGAAAUAGUAGUGUUACAGAGAUGAUAGACAUUAUAAAUUAUUGUUCUGAGAUUUGACUUAUUGAAAUAUUACAGAAUUGUAAUCAACAAGAGAUGUUUUUUUUUUUCACAACCUAUUAAGUCUUAAUGUUUAUAUUCUCUGAACUGUUUCCCUCCUGUUUUUCUUAUAAGAGAUAGCUUAGUAUUUAUUUGUUAAAAGAUGAUCUGAUUAUUCUUUACUUUAUUUGCUGAAAUGAACCUUGUUAUUGCAUAAGUAAUAAACUGUAAGUCACUUGGGAUAAAAGCAUCUGCUAAAUGUCCAUGUUAUUAUUAUUGAUUCAUGAAUUAUAUAUUUCGGGUUGGAUUAAGAUAUAAAAGCCUAAGUAAAAUAAUUUGUGAGGUUUUGAUAUGUUAAACCUUUUUGUUAAAAAAAUGUUUGGACUGAAUGUACAAAUAAAAUUUAACCUUUUCAGA